AUGCAUACUGACUUUAAUCCUCUUUAUGUUGAUUGGUCGUCGCUGACCGAAUCUCAUGACCAAUGGGGUGGUUAUAACGUUUUUCGUGGAGUUCCUUUCCAAAGAGGUAGCGGUUUAGGAUCUGUUUUUCGAAGUUUGCUGAGGUAUUUGAUUCCAAUUGGAAAAGAAAUUGGCACAGCCAUUGGUCGCCAAGGGUUGGAAUCAGGCAAUCGUGUCCUGAGUAACGUAUUGGAAGGAAAAGACCUUAAAGAAUCUCUUGUGAAUGAGGGUAAAUCAGGACUUAAGAAUUUGUUAGAAAAAGCAGCCAAUAAUAUUGAGAAGCAAAAAGGAAAUGGUUUUGAAUUCAAAAGACAAAAGGAAAGACGUCCCAAAACAAUUGGACAGAUGAAUAGCGAAAAUAUAAAUAAGACUUGUUAUUCCAAGAUUGGUCCACCAAAUUUUAUUCCUACUUUUUCAAAAAAGAAAAUAUCUCGUCCAAAGAAACGUUUACGCAUAGACGCAUUAGGACCAUAUUAAAAUGAGUUGUUCCAAGAAGAUUAAUGAGAACAGCCCGCUAGCUCUUAACAGUGCUUUAAGCAUUUUUUCCGUUCCUCCCACAAAUGUUUCUGUUAUUCGUUCCUUCUUUCGUGAAAUUCUUCCACUUAGUACAAUAACACAAGACUCCCCAUAUUUAUUUCGCUUGUUUAGCGAUAAUCUCUGGACAGACUUGAGUCGUACAUAUCUUCAUCUUGAGCUUUCUAUUGAAAAACAGGAAGCAGGAGGAAAAUGGACACGUAUUUUGGCAACGGAUACUGGUAUUGGAUCAAUCCAAGGAAUUGGGCAAACAUUUGUUCAACAACUUAAAGUUACUGUAGGUAAUACAGAGGUUUAUGAUAGUGGAACACUUUAUCCUUAUAAAUCUUAUUUAACAAAUGAACUCUCAUUUCCUGAGAAUGUAAAAACAAAUUUUCUUUCUUCCAUUGGCUAUCG